CGCUGUUUCCUCUCCAGCUCAGCUCAGUUCAGUUCUCCAGCGCAGCCACCGGCUCACCAGCCCAAGUUUACGCACAGGGAUGCGGGCGCGUGGAGCCGCCUGAAAAUGGCUCUGUUUAGCAUUUACUCUUUCCUUGCUCCUUUUCAUAUAUUGGUGUUUUGUCAAGCCUUGAGGAAUUAUCCGGAUAAUGAAGUUACUCUACUCGACUCUAUGUCUGCCCCAGGUGAUCUGGGUUGGGAAGCGUAUCCACCAGAGGGGUGGGAGGAGAUCAGUGUUAUGGACGAGAGGAACAUUCCUAUGAGGACGUACCAGGUGUGCAAUGUAAUGGAAGCCAAUCAGAACAACUGGUUGCGCACUGGAUUGAUCCAGCGAGAAGGUGCUCAACGUGUCUACGUGGAGAUCAAAUUCACUCUACGUGACUGCAACAGCCUUCCAGGAGUCCCUGGAACCUGUAAGGAGACGUUUAACGUGUACUACCAUGAAUCUAACAAUGCAGUCGCCUCACCUUUGCGCCACAUUCGAGAAAGCCAAUAUGUCAAGAUUGACACUAUAGCGGCUGAUGAGAGCUUUACGCAGACGGACGUUGGGGAUCGUGUCAUGAAGUUGAAUACGGAAGUGCGAGACAUCAGCGGUCUCAGUAAGAGGGGCUUGUACCUGGCAUUUCAAGACCUGGGUGCUUGCAUUGCUCUGGUGUCGGUGAGAGUCUUUUAUAAGCGCUGUCCUCUGGCGGUGCUCAAUUUGGCCCGGUUCCCGGAUACGGUGACGGGUGGCGAUUCUGCGCUGGUGGAAGUGCGUGGCUCUUGUGUGGAGGACGCGGAAGAGCUCGAGGCACCACGAAUGUUUUGCAGUGCCGACGGAGGUUGGCUGGUGCCCAUCGGCCGCUGUGUGUGCCGGCCAGGCUUCGAGGAGGUAGAUGGACACUGCCAACCAUGUCGGUCAGGCUUCUACAAGGCCUCUGCUAUGGAUGCGUACUGCGUGAAGUGCCCCCCACACAGCUACUCCCACCAGGACAAGGCCUCUGAGUGUGUGUGUGAGAGAGGCUUCUACAGGGCCGAAUUGGACCCUCGCUCUAUGGCGUGCACAAGACCACCUUCAGCACCCGGCAAUCCCAUUUCCAUGGUGAACGAGACUGCAGUCACACUAGAAUGGAGUCCUCCUCGUGAAAGUGGUGGACGUGGAGAUGUCACCUACAGUGUCCACUGCAGGAAGUGCUCUGGAGAAGCAGGGGCUGCAGGAGACAGUGAGAAGUGCGUUCCCUGUGGUAGCGGUCCGCAUUUCAACCCCAGGCAGUUUGGCUUGACGCACCCCAGAGUUCUGGUCACAGAACUGCAGCCUCACACCAAUUACACCUUCAACAUUGAAGCCCUGAACGGAGUGUCAGAUCUCAGCCCCAGUCCACGUCAACUAGUGUCCGUCAACGUCACCACCAGUCAGACAGUGAGCGUCAUCUUAAAGGAAAGGAAGGGCACCGACAGUGUAACGCUGGCAUGGCAGGGUCCAGAACCUUCUGACGGGACCGUAGUGGAAUAUGAAGUCACCUAUUAUGAAAAGAACCAGCAGGAUCAGAACUACACUGUGCUGAAGACCAAAUCCAACAGUAUGACGGUGGAUGGACUCAAGCCGGGAACCACAUACAUCUUCCGGAUUCGAGCCCGUACAGAUGGAGGCUAUGGGAACUACAGGGGAGAAAUUGAGUUGGAGACGAGCCAUGAAGAUAUGCUGGCGGUUGGAGAUCCCAACCAGCAAACCAUACUGGCCAUCUCUGUGGCAAGCGGUGCAGUGCUUCUGGUCUUACUAGUGGCCUGUUUUGUUGUGAGUGGACGGCGCUGUGGAUAUAUUAAAGCAAAGCAAGACCCUGAGGAAGAGAAAAUGCAGUUUCAGCAUGGACGAGUCAAACUUCCCGAAACCCGCACGUACAUUCACCCGCACACAUAUGAGGACCCCAACCAGGCGGUGCGAGAUUUCGCCAAAGAGAUCGAAGUUUCCAACAUACGGAUUGAGAGAGUUAUUGGGGCUGGUGAGUUUGGAGAGGUCUGCAGUGGCCGUCUGAGGCUGCCCAGUAAGAGGGAGAUCCAGGUGGCCAUCAAGAGUCUGAAAGCCGGAUAUUCAGAGCAGCAGAGACGUGACUUUCUGAGUGAGGCCAGCAUUAUGGGCCAGUUUGACCAUCCCAACAUCAUUCGACUGGAGGGAGUCGUCACCAGAUGUAAACCUGUGAUGAUAGUGACAGAGUACAUGGAAAAUGGAUCUCUGGACACUUUUUUGAAGAAACACGACGGGCAGUUCACGGUGAUCCAGCUGGUGGGAAUGAUGCGUGGGAUAGCUGCGGGGAUGCAGUACCUCUCAGAGAUGAACUACGUGCACCGGGAUUUGGCGGCACGGAACAUUCUGGUGAACGGAAACCUGGUGUGUAAAGUGUCUGACUUCGGGCUGUCGCGCGUGUUAGAGGACGAUCCAGAGGCGGCAUACACUACACGGGGGGGUAAGAUUCCCAUUCGAUGGACAGCCCCUGAGGCCAUCACCUACAGGAAGUUCACAUCAGCCAGUGAUGUGUGGAGUUACGGCAUUGUCAUGUGGGAGGUGAUAUCCUAUGGAGAUCUUUGUGCGGGAUUUGGAAAGAGGCUGCUCAGGAAAGAGAUUGAGACAUUUGGGAAGGAUUCGAGCCUGUAUACUCGGCAUGUUAAAGUGAUAAAAGCUGUAGAUGAAGGCUACAGGCUACCGGCUCCAAUGGACUGUCCGGUGGUGCUUCACCAGCUCAUGCUAGACUGCUGGGAAAAGAACCGCAGCGAUCGGCCGAAAUUUGGGCAGAUUGUCAACACUCUGGACAGGCUGAUCCGGAACCCAAGCAGCCUGAAGCAGCUGGCCAACACUGCAGUCUGGGAGGACCCAGUGACUCCUGAGGCAGGGGUCAGCACGGUGGAAGGCUGGCUGGACUUGAUUAAAAUGGGUCAGUACAAGGAACACUUCUCCAGCGCCGGCUAUGUCACCCUGGACUCAGUUCUGUAUGUCAGCGCUAGUGAACUGGAUAAGAUGGGUGUAGCACUGGCAGGUCAUCAGAAAAAGAUCUUGUCUAGUAUCCAGUGUCUUCAGGCACACCAUGGGACUCCGGUUCAGGUAUAGCUCCUCACCUCAACGCCCUCAAACCUGUUCCGCUUCCCCUGAUGAGGAGAUUGGGAGCGUUCUUGCCACAUGGAAGCGUCUUGCUGCAAAAUGACUCUGUUUUAUCUCUCUACCAGCACUGAAGUUCAUCAGCCCUACAGGAGAACGGGCCGGUACCUUCCCCUUUGUGAUCAGCAUCCAGAAAGGCAGUAGAUCGUUGCGGAUGUCCGAGAUUGUGAACUUGGAUAUCUAUCCAUCCAAGUGAAGUAAGGACAAGAAUCAACACCAUGUGACAUCACAGCACUGUGAACAUCACGCUUCACUCCUCAUUGUACAGAAGAAAGACCUUGAGAAGAAACACCGAUUGUGUCUUGUGAAUCUUUCAACUGUUAUGAAGAUGCUUAAUGUGAACUGCGCUGCGAGGGUGAGGAAGCCUUCAGCGAGAUGUCCUUGCAAACUUGUGUAUGUGGAAGUAGUUUAGAAACCUUCAGACUCGCCUUUAGAAAGCAAUGAAGCACUGAUCUCUCUUUCGCACAUACGCACACAUUUAAACGCUACAUAGAAGGGCCACUCCUUGACCCCGAAUGCCACUCCGGCCUGCUCCCGUCAAGCCCUCGGCAGCGUCUUCGGAAUAUGUCAAUUCCACCUUGGAGAUCCUAGAGUUCGGAGAGCCCACGCUUGUCACUUUUGACAAGUUCUGACAUCCGAUGUGCAGCAACAGAGAAACGAGAGGCGUUUAAGGAAUGAAAAGCAAUUGUUGCUUCACAAACAGAGACUGGACAGCGUGACGAUGUCACGAAGAGGGCAGAUGUUGUCCUUCCUUCACACUGGCAGCAACUUUCGGUCUUUUUCAACACGUUGAUGUGGAGCCGCUUCAUUUGAUGUGGCUUUUCUUUGCGUAUUUAAAGUAUUUUGCCUCAUUACGUGUGUUUCAUCACAAACGUGAGCGUCUUUUUUGGAAGGAGGAAAGGAUAUGUGUUGAGCAUUUUACGAGGGAGACUUUAUUCCUAAAUCAUCCUGGUGUUGAUGGAGCUGCCCUCGGUGGACUGUUGAACCUGUGUUUGUGUUGGACCCCAUUUAGCGUAGAGGUCUGAUGGUUACCGAGUGCUUGGUACCUUGAGAUUGCAUUUCCAUAUGAUAACACAAUGGAGGAGCUUAAACAUUUUAGCAUACAAUUUCCAAGUCAUUUCAUGCACCAUGUUCACAAUCCCGUGUAAAAAGGUGUCCGCAACAGAUGCUGGUGCUUUAAAAAUAGCUUCAUCCUCCAUUUUCUGGUUUCUCGCCCCAUGUUUCUUGGCAGUGCUUUGUUCUGCGCUUGGAAAUGUUUGAUUGAAGAAGAAACUAUUGUAUUGCAGUAGAACUUGAGACAUUGUACAGUGUUGGUUAUUGUAUUUGUACAGUAAUGACUUAGUGUUUUGAAGGUUUUUGUCAGUUGUAAAUUAAGGCAAGGUGGUAACUCUUAUUUUAACCUUCAACUCUAGCUUUGGACAGACGAGGAUUGUGAGGCUGUAGAAUAUAAUGGAUAAUUUAGCUUUAAGGUGUUGGGGAAAGCUAAGCAUUCUCAGGAUUGUUGUUUGUCACUGAUACACGAUUCAAGAUGGCUGCAGAUCAGACAGAACUGCAAACUCAGUUUUGUUGUC